UUGAAUCCACAAAAUGCGAAGCAGUGGCGACCGCUGCUGAUUGGUCAUCUGAUUUUCCUCCUGAUCCGAGGUGCCGAUUCGGUGGGCGCGGAAGACCAGGUGACCGGUAUCCUCACGAAUGCUAUCCAGGCUAUCCGCAAUGUUGCCAAGCAGUACAGCGGGGAGGAUGAGUAUCUGCAACGGAGCGGUGCGAGCGAGGAGCAGCAACGCGAGUGGAGGGCCUACGUCCUGCAGAACUACGACCUCAACCCCUUCUGGCCCGUCCUGAGUGACCUCAGCGUGCUCAUAUUCCACGUAUGUUUGCGCUCCCCUUUCGAAGUCCAUCCCCCCUAUUUGUUAUACAGUAGCGUGCACCCUAUUUAUGCCUAG